AUGUGUAUUGGACCGGCGACAAUAACGGUUUCAUCUACUCCAUCACUCUACGUUUCUCGAACCUUGGAGGCGAUGGAAUAUAUUAAUGCCAUCGAGGCAUUGGCUAUGACAACUUCAGGCUCUGCUUGCGAUGAACAAUCACCAUCACUGCCAAAAUAUGAAAACACAGUGUUAUCAGAUUUAGGUGCGCACACAGGAAUUGAACUGAUUGGUGAAGUAUUACAAAUCAAUCGCGAACGUUGUGAUCGAGCUAUGAUUUCGAUCAGUUAUUAUGGUAUCGAUCCAUUGUUUAGGUAUACGCAAUUAUUAAAAGAAACGUUUUUGGAAAUCGAAGAUGACGAUAUAAAAUCCAUUAAAGAACUCGUUGACUAUUGUCGUCUUCAAGGUGAUCUUGCUGAAAGUCAUAUUGAUAAGGUCGAACAAGAAUAUCGUCAUCAAACAUCCAUUUGGUGGGACACGGCUCCAUAUUUUAUAUACUCGAUGCUCAAUCGUGGCCUUCGAGUAAUGGACGUUGAUAUUAUGCUCAAAAUAUUUUUUUUUAUUCGACACUUACAUGAACAUAUUAAAACACUACAUCGUGACCAACAAUCUGCCAACACUAUUCCCUUUCAAGUUUUUCGGGACCAAGGUUUAUCACUGGAAAAUUUUGAAAAAAUGAAAAAAGCCAAAGGUGGGCUUAUGUCAUUCGACAAUUUUCUUUCCACUAGUCGCAAUUGCAAUGUGUCUCUGGAAAUUUUUGCACGACCAGUAGCACUCAACAAUGAUCCCAAUUUAGUUGGCAUACUCUUUGUUAUGAACAUCGAUCCAAGCCUAUGCGCAACAUCAUCAAUACUCUUGGUCGACGUGAAAAACGUGGCUUACUUUGAAGGUACAGAGGAAGAAAUUCUUUUUUCAACACAUACAAUAUUUCGUAUCGAUCGAAUUGAACGAAUCCAUGGCGACCAUACUGAUCGCCUAUGGCAAAUUAACCUUACCCUUGUUGGUAACGAUAAUCAUGAUCUUAGCACACUUACAGCACAUAUACGUCAAGAGUUCGAUGGUACAACAGGAUGGUCUCGACUAGGUCAUGUUCUUAGAAAUGUGGGUGAGUUUGCAAAAGCAGAACAACUCUAUCAGAUCUUUCUCGGAAAAGCAUCCUCUGAUACAGAUAAAGCAUACUGCCGUCAUCAACUUAGCUGGUUUUAUAAUGAUUUGGGCGAGUAUUCGAAAGCACUUAAAUAUUACGAAAAAGCACUUGAUAUCGACCAAAAAGCUCUUCCUCCGAAUCAUCCCGACUUGGCUUCUGACCAUAAUAACAUCGGCUCUGUGUAUGAUGCCAUGGGUGAGUACUUGAAAGCACUUUUAUCGUACGAACGAUCACUUGAAAUAAAGAAAAUAUCUCUUUCUCCGAAUCAUCCCGCCUUGGAUAUAGAGACAUGGGCGAGUACUCGAAAGCACUUUCAUAUUACGAAAAAGCCGAAGAAAUCUGGAAAAUGUCACUGCCGUCAUUGCAUCCGCGUAUUAAUAAUUUGAAAAGAAACAUUGAAAAUGCAGAGAAAAAAUGUAAUUGUUUUUUUCUAAACGAGAAAAUAAAUUGAUCUUCUUGAAAAGUUAGCUUGCUGAAACGUACCAGUUACAAAAUUUCGCAUCCGCGCGACUAUGAACACCCUCCGUAUUCUGCUGGUUUGUAAAGUAGACAAAGCCGGCAAUAGUGGACAAACAUAGAUCUAUGUAUGUAUGACCGUUACAUCAAUAAUCAUCAUCAUCUCAAAGAGAGAUGACGAUAACGAAAUGAACGAUUUAGUCAUACAUACAUAGAUCUAUGUUAUGAAGGCUUCUUAGAUGCACGCCUCUACAUGUGGCAAGAGGAAGUCGGACGUCUCUGACAGGGCUAAUUUGUUUAAGCCACCCCACGAGUUCAUUAUGUGAAAGAUUUAAUGCUCCUCGGUUACAAGAACGAGAUGAGGAAGAGACGGAAGACAGAAUUACAAGUGCAAAAAUACAAUGUUAUGGAGCGUAACACAGCGUACGCUAACGGUCGGUUGCCGUAAAAGAAAAAUUGGGUGCAUGAUAUCUUAUCUGUCAUUACACAUAUCAUCUUCUUGUUCAUUGUAUUGUUUUAAAUGAGUAUAUAAGCCAGGAUAGCAAAGUAGUCGUGCACCAAUGACGGAGUGUAUAAGAACCGUUCAUAUGUAAUGCAUCUCUUAGUAGAUGUCAGGAAAGAAAGAAAAAAGUUGAUGUAAACAAGAGUAUUAAUAGAUUUCGUUAUUCAUUCAUUGAAAUGUAGUGAUAGUAUUAGACGACGAAAGUAUGUUUCAUUUCGAAUCAUAUCGUUCUUUUUUUUUGUAAAUUCAAAAAAGAAAAGAUUUAUUAUAAUUUUAAGAAAGACAAGAAGAUUUAUAGUCAAUGUUCCUAAUUAGAACAGUGUUUUAGAAGCUGCGAGAAACUCCUCUUUUACUUAGAAUUCGCCUAAAUUUAAAAAAAAUAUUUUUCCAU